AUGACAUCUACUUCUUCGCCCUACAACUAUCCAAAACACUGGCUUGGACAGCCUCGGCCUGUGCGAGUUGUAGUAGUUGGUGCUGGAAUCUCUGGUAUUGCGGCUGUCAAGCUCUUUAAAGAGAUCCUGGGAGACCUACCAGUGUCCUUAACGUUGUAUGAGAAAAACAGCGAUGUAGGAGGCACCUGGCUUGAGAAUAGAUAUCCGGGGUGCUCCUGUGAUAUCCCGGCGCAUAGCUACACGUAUUCUUGGGAAGGCAACCCAAACUGGUCCGGCAUGUACGUCGAAGCUGAGGAGAUCUUCAAAUUCUAUAAGGGUCGAGCGCAGGCAUAUGGUGUGUUCGAAUACCUGAAGGUGGGACAUCAACUGCAUGAGGCUGUCUGGAACGAUGAGAAAGGAAAGUGGAUCCUGAGUGUCGAAGAUCUUGCCACGAAACAGGUGAUCGUGGACGAAGCUGACGUUCUCAUCAACGCAGGAGGAUUUCUGAAUAAAUGGAAAUGGCCAGAGAUCACAGAUUUGGAAAGCUUCCAGGGAACUUUGCUUCAUUCCGCCAUCUGGAACAACUCAGUCAAUUUCAAAGACAAAACAGUGGCUGUUAUAGGCUCAGGAUCAUCUGCCAUACAGAUUGUCCCAAAGAUACAGAAAGACGUCAAACACCUCUAUUCUGUCAACAGAUCGCCCACUUGGAUCACUCCAAAAUUCGCGUCUGAACACGCCCCUGACAAUCCAGAGAUGAGGUACACAGACCAGCAAAGACAGUCAUGGGCCGAAAGUGCAGAGGAAUUUCUUAGUGUUCGAAAGGCAAUCGAAAGUACCGUGCUUAAGGGCUUUGAGCUGAACUACAAGAACUCUGAUCUACAGGCGGAAGUCUUCCAGGCUUGUUCCUUCGACAUGAAUGCUGUUCUUUCAAAAAAAGCAGGCUUAUCAGAGUUGUUGAUCCCAAAGUUUGAAGUCGGCUGCAGAAGGCUCACUCCAGGCGUUGGCUAUCUGGAAUCGUUAGUCGAAGACAACGUUACUGUCAUCGGGGAAAGCAUUGAGAGGGUCUCCACUGACAGCAUUGUAACCAAGAGUGGCGCCGAGUUCAAGGUCGAUAUUAUUAUCUGUGCGACAGGAUUUGACACAAGCUAUCGUCCAUCCUUCAAUCUCCGCGGUAAAUACGGAAAAGACCUGAAAGAUGUAUGGGCUGAUAAGCCUCGAUCCUACUUGUCUCUCGCUGUGUCGGGAUUUCCGAAUUAUUUUGUUGCCGGAGGGCCCAAUUUUCCUAUCGCUAACGGCUCCGUCAUCAACUCUCUGGAAGCAACGUUAAAGUACGCCUUUCACGCAGUUCGCAAGAUUCAGAAACAAAACAUCAAAUGCCUCGAUCCCAGCCCUGCCGCCGUCGAAGAUUUCCAGCAGUACAAGGAUGCUUUCAUGAAUGACAUGGUGUGGACCUCAAAUUGCCGAUCCUGGUAUAAGAAUGGUAAGGUAGAUGGCGAAGUUUGGGGCCCAUGGCCGGGAUCUGCGCUGCAUUAUAUUCAGCUAUUAGACGAACCGCGCUGGGAAGAUUUUACAAUCGAGUACCGGCACUCUAACCGGUUCAAUUUCCUCGGGAAUGGAAGGACGAAGCCAGAGAUGACAGGGGGCGAUUUGACUUACCUCCUAACUGAGCCUACCAGAAAUGUUUGA